CCGGAGUUAGGUGUUCCUGGCUCAUCUCUAUGAGUCCAGUGAGGGGCAGAGAGGGCUGGCAUCCGCUGGCAGCCGUAGGCAGAGUCCUGGGUUUCCUAAACAAAGUGGGCAGUGGGGGUCCCCCCACCCUCCUGAGGAUAGGUGAGACUUCCCUAUGCUAACCACACAGGUGGACGGACACACAGCUCCUAUCGCCUCUGGCUCCCGAUGAGCCACGAGUUCCUUGGCCUUCGCCAAACCACAUCCCCGCGACUGCAGGAUGGGAGCCUGAAUGGGCAGGCCUGGUCAGGUAAUUAGCUUCCAGGUUGAUUCCCUCUAAACUCUGACAUCACUCCCCUAGAGUGAGCCAAGGACUCUGACCCCACUGUGCUGAGGACUGGAGAGGAGCCAUGAAGUCCUGGGCAAGGUGCAUCCUUCUGCUGCUGCUGCUGCUACCAGGAGGACGAGGGGACGUGUUGCCCUCAGUGUGUGGCCGUUCCAGAGAUGCUGAGAAGAUCGUGGGUGGCCAAGAUGCUCAGGAAGGACAGUGGCCUUGGCAGGUCAGCCUGUGGAUAGCUGGAGAGGGCCACAUAUGUGGGGGCUCCCUCAUCCACCCAGGGUGGGUGCUCACAGCUGCCCACUGCUUCCGUAGGUCUCAGAAUCCCAGCUUCUACAGUGUGAAGGUCGGAGGACUGACACUCUCUCUUCUGGAGACCCCCAUAACCUUGGCGGCUGUGAGGAGCAUCUUUGUGCACCCCAGCUACCUCUGGGAAGACACGUCUAGUGGAGAUAUUGCGUUGGUACAGCUGAACACUCCUCUGAAGUCCUCUCAGUUCACUGCUGUCUGCCUCCCAGAAGCCCACGCGCCUCUCACCCCCGGGACUCUAUGCUGGGUAACAGGCUGGGGGUCCACCCAUGAAAGAGACCUGUCCAGUGUCCUCCAGGAGUUAGCCGUGCCUCUCUUGGACUCAGAGGAGUGUGAGAAGAUGUACCACCUCCCAGAGAGCAGCCUGUCAGGGAAGCGACUCAUCCAGGCAGACAUGCUCUGUGCAGGCUUUGCAGAGGGCCAGAGAGACGCUUGCCAGGGUGACUCUGGGGGACCACUGGUCUGUGUCAUCAAUAGUUCCUGGAUCCAGGUUGGGAUCACCAGCUGGGGAUUUGGCUGUGCUCGGCCAUACAGGCCUGGUGUCUACACUCGGGUGCCAGCUUAUGUAGACUGGAUUCAGAGAACCAUGGCAGAGACCCCCUCUGACACCUGCGGAUGCCACUCCAGAGCCUCUGAGGCUCAGCCACUAUUGAUGCUAGUCUUGCUGGCCUUAGCCUUGCCAGGGGCCAUGUGAACUACAGUUCUAGAGUUCUGGAUCCUCUCCUGGUGGGACGGGAGACUUGGAAGCUCAGAGGGGACACUGAGAAAGUAAGUCUCAAAUGGUGGGUUUGCAGGUGACAGGCGGGGAGGGGUCAGAGGCUGAAGUGACAUGAAGAGUUUUAAGGACACAGUAAUCUGGAACACAGACACCCAUCCCAUCAAACACAGGCAGCCGCUCACGUGUCACUUACCACAGGCCUGGUCCUGGUUCAGCUCUACAUGUGUUAACCCUGUCAGUCACACACAGUGCGGCCGUGGGGAAGUAGGGAAGCUUCCUGAAGCUUCCUUCAGAGAGGGUGUGUGGACUUCCUGAGGUCACACAACCAGCUGCCCGGGAUAAAAUCUCCGUCCAACAGGUGUGGAUCAGAACCUGUGCUUCUGCACCGUAGGUAGUCUCUCUAUGUACCCCACGCUGGCCUCAGCCAUGUAAGUGAAUGUACCAGAGGCAUGAACCACCACACUUGGCUCUUAUUCUUCGCUCAUAACGCAUCUUUGUUCUGACAAAAUAAAUAAAUAGAAAUCCUUUACCAUGGAGCUGGAAAGGUGGCCUAGCAGUUAAGGGACUUCCAGAGGACCAGAAUUUGAUUCCUAGAACCCACAUCAUGCAGCUUACCACUGCAGGAGGUCCUGCUUCUGGCCUCCGAGGACAUACACAUGGUGAUACACAAACACAUAAAAUAAAUUAUUAUUAUUAUUAUUAUUAUUAUUAUUAUUAUUAUUAUUAUU